ACAGCACACCUAAGCACUGAUACAUGCACAAAUACGCAGCAGUAGACAUCUAGACACAGAGGUAUUCGCAUAUAUUGCCUCCUGGCUUGUUGGUUUUCCUCUUCAGCAGUGCAAGGGCAGUUUUAGUUCAUAGUAUUACAGUUCAGAGUUAGCUACUACACAGACUGAUGGAACAAGAGAAAGCUCUUCUUUGUGAGGCAAGAAUCUUAAAAAAAAAAAAAACAGAACAUAGUCUUAAACUCAACAUCCGAUAUGUGGGAUGUCUGUAGGUGUGACACAGUUUGGGUGGCAUACUUUUUCCUUCAUGUAGACAUAAAUAUGUGUAUCACAUUUUAACUGUGUUAAGCCUCGGGUAAUCCCUGCACUGUUGCUGCUUUGGAAUAUAUUUAUAAUUUUUAUUCUUUAUUAUCCAUGCUAAUCACAUGGGGAUCUCAGUUUUUGGAUUUGCUUUAAAAAAUGUGGACAAAUGUCCACUUAUGUAAACAAUGCAUUGAAGAAUACAUAUGCAUGAGUCCCAUUUGUGAAAUCACCAGUUAUCUGUGUGUGAAUUUAUGAGCUGAAGUUUGUUUCUAUUUUUGCUAUUAAACAAAUACUGUCUAAUGUAAACUUGUAUUAUUCUUGCUUUUUUUUUCAUUUUGAUUGUCCUAAAAUCUUUGAAACAGUAUAAAGAUAAGUCAUUAAAUGUUAAUGAAUAGGAAGGAAUUAGAUUUACUUCAGGAGAUUAGGAAUGUAAGAUUAAAUACAGGCAAAGAAAAUCAAAGUUAGCUUGAAAAUAUUUGCUGGAGGCUGUCUUGUGGAUAACCAAGGGUUCAAUGUGCUUUGGAAACUUUUCUUGGACAAAUUACAUGAAAAGUAUAAAGAUAAUUAACAUUAAGCUGCUUGUGCUGUGUGUUUCCAGUAAAGACAUGCAUAGACACAUGUUAUUAGUCUGUGUGAAUUCCACAGUUAAGCACUUUUCCAUCUCCUAAAUCCUUUCCAGGAAAUCUUUAUUUCUUUAAUAUUACAAAUUUGUCUGAGACGGGAAAAAAGAGUUAGCUAAGUAGACACAUCUGAUGUGGCGUAACAGUACCUUUCUGUUUUGAAUGGCAAUCCAUUUCACGGAGAUCGUGUUUUCAGAAUGCCUUUUUAACUCUUGACCAUGAAGGAGUGGGAGCCAGAGAGGAGUGAGGUGUUUCUGAAAAGAGCAGUUCACUCAUGUAUCCAACAUGAAGCAACCCCUAUAAGUUCAUAGAGCUGAACUCAUGUACUGUGUCUUAUGUAAGAAUAAUCAGAAACAGUUGUCCAUAUAGGGAGGAACACAUGAACAAACGUUAGCGAGUGUAAGUAAUAUAAAUGUGUCUGACAUUUUCUCUGCUUCCCACAGGAACGCUCUGCUGUCUGAUUUUGUACAGAAUUAUUUCAACAGAAAAAAAUACAGACAUUAGUUCAGCAUACAUGUUGCCAAAACUGUACAGUGGAGACGCACUGAAUCAUUUCAUUGGCGUUCCUUUUUCUUUUGUGCAUUAUGUGACACAGACUAAAGUCCAUCAUGUAAUUUGUACCAAUCAGCCACAAAGACAUCGGUGGCAUGAACUCCACAAAACCUCUGAAGGUUUCCUGGUGCCUGAUACCACAGGAGAUUAGCAGUGGAUCUUUUCAGCUCUGGAUGUUGCGAGAUGGGGCCUUUCAUUGAUAGGACUUGUUUUUCCAGCACAUUCCACAGAUGCUCGAUCAGAUUGGAAGCAGGGGAAUUCUAAGAAAUUAUUUUUGGCCAUUUUUGACAGGUUAAGAUGAGAAGUAGACAGGAAAAUAGGGGAGACAAAUGGGGGAAAGACCUGCAGCCGUGAGCUGGAAUUGAACCCAGGGACUGUAAUCUGUUAGUGGGUUGUCUGCUCAACCUGUUGAGCGAUCUGGGUGCCAAUACUUUGAAUUCUUUGCUCAUCAGACCUGUCAUAAGUAAUGUUUGCAGUGUGGCAGGGAACAUUAUCCUGCUGGAAGAGGCCAUCAGGGAUUAGUCUUAUCAUGAAGGGGUGGACGAGGUCUGCAGCAGUGUGUAGGUAGGUGGUUCAUGUCAAACAUGAAUGCCAGAACCCUAAAUUUCCCAGUGGGAAAAUCGCUCAAAAUAUUCCACCGAUUUCCCACAGUAUAUCCUGCUCUCUUUUCUUUUCCAGGUCGAUGAUGUGCAUGCAUAUGAAGUAAAGAAAACGUGCUUGAUCAGAGCUGGCAACCUUUGUCCAUUGCUCCAUGGUCUAAUUCUGACACCUUUAUAUCAUAGCAGCAUAAAGGUUUGCUCUUCUGUAUGAUCAGACUACAUGGACCAGCCCUCACUCCCGACACACGAGUGAGCCUUUUCCAAACAGGACUUCAUCAUUUGUUCACUGAUUGGACAACUUUGGUAGGUACUAACUACUGCAUACCAGAAACACCCCACAAGACCUGCUGUCAGACCAUUCUGUGCUGCACCUCUCUAUCAUUCUGCCAUACAGGGAUAAAACACUCUGCCUUGUUUGUAUUUCUUUAACCCUUGUGUUGUCCCACGGGUCAAACUGACCCAUUUUAAAGUUUGAAAAUGUGUGAAAUAUAUAUAUAUUCACAGUGAAACUUCUGAUGUCCACAUUUUCAACAUUUUUGGGAAAAUGUUGAGCAUUUUUUGGUGGAAAAAAAUAAAUGUUAAAAAUGUUUCUAAAGAACAUUGGCCAAACAAAAAAAUCAACCAAACUCCUGCCAAGAUCUGAUUGGCCACCCCGUGUGCCUCCCUCAAAAAAAAUUUCGUUGGAAAUUCACAUUGCUUAUAGUCUCAUCCGAUUUCCAACGCUCAUGAACGCAACUUCGUUGUCCGACUACACCUGAAUGCACCAAUAAUCUUCUUUUGAUUGUAUUUCGUUUCGAUUUGAAGAAGCUUUGAAGACGUUUCCUGAUGCUGGAGAAGACGAGCAGCUUUGUACUUUUGCGGUAAGAAGACUGUGGCCGUUUCUCGGUAUGCAACUGUCCGUACUUGGUUCUCACGUACUCCUCUCAUCUUUGAGACUGCAUCGGACCAGACUAGUGUUUAUAAAUAUGAAUCAGUAGAUAGAUAUAUAUCUGUGUCUACAGCUCCGAGUGAACAGGAUGAUUUUAUCAGAGGAAGUCAGACACAGUCACACAGAGAAACAUUAGAGCUCACUCUGGAACGGAGCUACAGCUCUGUGUCUUGUAGAAGAUUUAUGUUCAAAGCUACAUGUGUGACGGUAAUAAUCCGUGCCAAAGCAGACCUCAUUAGCACUUCCGCUAGGUCGGCUGACUUCCGGUCACUCCAUGGCUGCUGUUGUCUGUAAUGUAGCCAGAAUAUGGAUUAAUUUUUAGUUUGGGCUUGACAAAAACGAGAACAAGAAUAUUCAGAGCAAAUGGAGCAGCUAGCUAAUGCUUAUUACAGUUUGUUUACAUUUUCAAAUUCACAUUUUUGAAAUAAUGUAUUUUUUCUGUAAAACAAAUCACGGCAUACAGAGAACUGAAAUUGCAUUUCUCUCUAACCCUAAAAUGUGAAAUACCAUCAAACAUAAGAGAAAAACAAAAGACAACAACAUCCUAAUCUACAUAAGGCACAGUUUUAGAUUCUAUUAUUCAGAACCUGAGUGUUGAAGUACAAUGGAAGACGAGAUGAGUGCAAAUUGCAAAUUGGAAUGCAAAUUGGCAUUAAAGUGACUAGUGUCAAACAGACCAUGUGCUGUUACAGUGCAGAUCAGAGGUUAUUGACUAGAGUUUGUGUAUGCAGGGGAAGGGGGUGGUAGAGAGGGGAGAGAGUUCAGCUUCCUGACAGUCUGGUGGAUGAAGCUGUUCAGUCGGCUGGUCCUGGCCCUCAGACUCUUCAGUCUCCUCCCUGAUGGCAGCAGGCUGAAGAGGUUGUGAGACGCGUGUGUGGGGUCAACCGCAAUGCUUAGUGCUUUGUGAGUGAGGUGGGUACUGUAGAUGUCCUGGAGGGAGGGGAGAGAGACACCGACAAUCCUUUCUGCUGCUUUCACGAUGUGCUGGAGGAUCCAUCAUGCUGUGAUGCUGCUGGACAGGAUGUUCCCGAUGGUGCCUCUGUAGAACGUGGACAUGAUGGGGGCCGGGGCGCUGGCUCUGCUCAGCUUAUGCAGGAAGUACAAAAGCCCCUCCAAAAUAUCUGUUGUACCCCCCUGUGCCCCCCCACUAAAAUUAAUCUGGAUCCAUCCUUGCUUUAGAUAUUCUUACGAUCUGUUUGGGAAGAUUUUUACUCAUUUUUUGGAAAAUAUUUACAAAGAUUUUCUUGCCAAAUUUAGGGGAUUUUUCAAAAUAAAACUUUUAAGGGAAACUUUUAAGGAAUUUUUGGAAUUUUCUUCCUGAAGGUUUUGCAAAUUUUCAGAAAUUUGGGCAUUUUUUGCAGAAUUUUUGGAUAUCUUUUCAGACAAGGAAACAAUAUUUUUUGGUAAACGAAGACAACAUGGGGGUUAAACCAGUCAUCUUAGGCGGCACUAAGCCCAGGAUGCAGCAGUAGUAUUUUUUCAUUACGGUGACUGUAAAACUAUUUGUGUUUUGGUGCAACAUUUGUAUCCUGGGAGUCAGGAACUAUGAUUACAAUAGUUAAUUCACUGUAAAACCAAAAAUUUCAGUGUGGUAGGUUGCUGCCUGAUAUUUAUUUAUUUUUUUUUUGGUGAAGGCAGGUUUUAUAAAAGAUAACUCAUAGAUAAUGGAAGGAGAGAUGAAAGAUGUGCGGCCAGUGGCAGGUUUAUACUCACAUUGUGAUGACUCAGACUACUUGCUGCCUAAUAUAUUCCACCAUCUGACAGCUGCCUUGUAGGAGAUAAUAGCUGAUGUUAUUAUCUUCUCCUGUCAGUAGUUUUAAAGUUACGGCUGAUCGGUGGAUAUUGCAUCACUGUUUUCUUAUAAGUAUGUUCUUCUCUCUUUACACAGGAGAAUAGAGUAGAAUGAAUGAAAAUGUGAUCCAGUGCAGCCAGACUGGAUGCACUUCGGAAGAGGAACUGAGGCUGGGCACAAUUUUAGAACAGCUUUGGAAUUUGUUGGUGUCAAAGAGGAAGGAAAAAAUAACUGCAUGAAUGUUCGUCAGGGACGGAGCAAUGCAGAAGUUACUGCAGUAAAAAGAACAAGAGAAACACAUUUGAGAAGUCAUUUGGCGUCAUGGCAGCGUGUCAGGAGCUCAGCUUUAACGUGGAUCAUGGAUAUCUGGAGGGUCUGGUCCGAGGAAUGAAAGCUGGGAUCCUGACUCAGGCUGAUUAUCAUAAUCUGGCUCAGUGCGACACGCUGGAGGACAUGAAGCUGCACCUCCAGAGCACAGACUACGGUAAACUGUUGUCCUCGUCUGAAGAAGACCUGACCGUGUCUCUGGUGGACAGCAAGCUGAGGGAGAAUCUGGUGACCGAGUUCAGCUGUUUGCGCUCCAAUGCUCUGCCGCCGCUCUCUACAUUCCUCGACUAUAUAACUUACGGCUACAUGAUCGACAAUGUGGUGAUGCUGAUCACUGGAGCCCUGAAGCAGAGAGAUGUGGCAGAGCUGCUCCCACGGUGUCACCCGCUGGGAGGUUUUGACCAAAUGGCGGCCGUGGGCAUCGCUCGCACCCCGACUGAACUCUACUCAGCCAUCCUGGUGGACACACCGCUGGCUCCGUUUUUCCAGGAUGCUGUAUCUGACUCCAACCUGGACGAAAUGGAAGCCGAGAUCCUGAGAAACAAACUGUACAAGGCAUAUUUAGAGUCUUUCCAUUCUUUCUGCAAGAACAUGGGCGGUGCCACGGGGGAAAUAAUGUGUCCCGUCCUGGAGUUUGAGGCAGACAGGAGGGCCUUCAUCAUCACAGUGAACUCCUUCGGGACGGAGCUCAGUGGGGCAGACAGGAGCUCUCUGUACCCGGCCUGUGGUAAACUUUACCCUGACGGCCUGCGACUCCUGGCCCUGGCGGAGGACCAUGAACAGGUCAAAGCCGUAGCCGACUGCUAUACAGACUAUAAAGCAAUUUUUGAAGACCCUGAACCAGGAUCAGAGUUUAAGAGCUUUGAGGACAGAUUCUUUGAGCAAGAGGUGAAGCUGAACAUACUGGCUUUCCUGCAGCAGUUCCACUUUGGAGUGUUUUACUCCUACAUCAAGCUGAAGGAACAAGAGAGUCGCAACAUCGUCUGGAUUGCUGAGUGUGUCACUCAGAGGCAGAAAUCCAAGAUACACAACUACAUACCCAUUAUCCAAUGAAUGAAUAAGCAGCAAUAAAGACACGCAGUAAAGUCACAUAGUAUCCAACAAUGUAAUAAAUGCACUUUGUCAAACUGUAUAAAAAUAUUCGUUGAUGUCUUUAUGACUCAGUUGUGAUGGAUUAGUAACUGUGGUUGCACUAAAGUCAGUCUUAGUAUCUUCAGUGUUUCUACCACACACCACAGAAAAUACAAAAAAAGAAGCCUAAUGAAUAUUAAUAAACUACCUGCUAUAGUUA